AUGAUCCAUUACAAUGCAGUUGAGGUUGAUAGAGGUAAACAUCAGCUCCCCAUUGAUAAGCUGCAGGAGACGUGGUUUGCGCGUUUCCCACAAAAGCACAUUCGUACCGCCGCUCAGUCAUCGUCACCAUCUGGCUGUGGUGCCCUGUUACAGAGAAGUUCAUGUAACCCACCAGUCGGCUUCAAGCACCGCGUCGAGCAACAUUUCGGGAUCAACAUCCUUCGUGGAGUUCCGUUGAACAACGAAGUAACCAGCUACAGUACUUCUGCAAAACUGAUAGCACCAGGAAUUGUGGUACCAGGCACUCUAUCGAUCACCGCUACUGACUUGUUUUUCGAUGCUGACGAAGAGAAUCCGUUGUACAAAAAACAAGAUCCGAAGGAACACCGAGAAACACAUGAAUAA